AGAGAGACUAAUGAGAAUGAGAGGACUUGAACAUUAGCCUAAAAAGUCCCAUGGUUUUCUCCCUUUCGGGUUUCCACGUAAAAACUGAGCUUGUUCAUACACAUUUAUACAUAUAUUUACUAUAUCGUGUUGGAUUAAACUCAACACUGGCGCCGUCUGUGGGAAUCUGUCCAAAAAGAUUCGUGUGUUCUACUGUUCUUGAGUUUCUACGAAAAAUUCAUACGAAGUGGACUGAUUCUAGCAAAAAUUGAAAAAGAAAAAAUCUGGAAUUUUGGUUUGGGGAAGCUCUGGAUCUGCCGCCAGCAGCUCCGUCCAACAGACCGAGGAAGAAGAAAAGCAAAAAGAAAGGUUCUGGGAAAAAAGAAGAAGAGAUGAAGUCCAGAUCUGGAAUUUUGCAGACCGUGGCCGGAGCAGCCGUCCGUACCACCGCGCGCUCCACCAAGAGCUCGCUGAUAUACGAUGUAAAAGCCGCCUAGCUUUUCCGGCCCUCGUCAUCGCUAGCAGCGCCGCUCUACGCCUCCGUCGCGGUGCGCCCGCCGGCCUCAGCUCCCCCUCGCUGCUCGAACCUCAGAGAAGGUCCGCCAUUAAUGGCCGCUGAGAGCUUCAAGAGUGACAACCGUAAACCAGUGCACCCCCACGGCUCGACCGCUCGAGGUUAGGGAAGUUUCGCAGGUUAUGCCGGAGUCCUGGCUGGCGACCACGCCACCGGUCUUUGUCGCUCCGCCGCUACCGCCGCCUGAGGCAGCUUUGUCUUGGCCGUCAUCAGCCGCUGUUGCGUUGCCACCGCUGCGUUGCGCACUACGUGGGCUCCCUUCGACCAGCUACAGCAGCUGAGUAAGGUAGGGGUAGCUGCCAGCUUGCAAAAUGUGAAGGCUGGAUGAUUGGAGGCUUUUUGGCAAUUUUGACCAAGUCAAAAUCAGCAAGGAUGAGCAAAUUGUUUUCACAAAACCCCUUGGCCGAGUAUCAACUUGAAGCUAAGUAUUCAAUCUCCGAAUUCCACGUUAAGAUGCAUGGACCUCUAAGCUUCUCUGAUUGGAAAGCUCGAGUCAGAGUCCUUUACUCCCGCCUGAUGCAUUCAGGGGGAGUAUGCCCGUGGAGGAGCACCCUUCGCCCGACCCCGUCGGGAAAGGGGGUGCCUCACCGGCAGAUUACGUUCAGGAGUGCAGACACCCACUCAUAUAUUAUGAUUAUUCGAAGACACAGUAUCCAGCAAGACAGAGGAAGAGCGCAGGCAAGAGUAUAUUUUCUCGAGCAGAUUCGCACGCUCAUUACUCAAGAAACUGGGGGACUUGUGUUGGGAUAUAUUAUCCCGGCCUAUUACUGUUCAGGAGCCCAAGACAUUAUCCAGUACGGAGCCCGAGCAGCUAGGUCCAUUUCGGCCCAUUCUGGCCCACUUUGGCCAUUAGGCCCGACAUCGGCCCGUUUGGCCCAUUAGGGUGGAGUACUUCCCUCACCCAUUUCCCUAUUUAUAGGAGGUCUUCCCUCCAUAUUAUGGAUCUUUUUGCUUCUUCCUCCUUCUCACUAGAAUAGCUUAAGACUCCAUUAAUGGGAGCUUCAAUACUUGUACUAUGUAAUGGUGAGGAGAGACUAAUGAGAAUGAGAGAGCUUGGACAUUAGCCUAAAAAGUCUCGUGGUUUUCUUCCUUUCGGGUUUCCACGUAAAAACUGAGCUUGUUCAUACACAUUUAUACAUAU